AGAUCUCGCGCGUGUCGCAGUGUCGGGGCCCUGCGCGAUCGGUCGCGGCGUGUCUUGUGCAGUGUCGUGUUGAGGGUGUCGAAGUGGCGGGAUUCCUUGCCGCGGGACGGGGGGCACAUGCCCCCUUCCACCAGCACCACAUUGGUAAAAGUCAGUGUCCUGUGUUGCUAGGAAUUCGCGAAAACUAAUUUUUCUAUGUUGGAACUUUGAAUGUGAUUUUUUAUCAGCGAUGCCGACAUUUGGAGGACGCGGCGAGGCAGGCGGCGCCAUGGCAUGCGCCGGCUGCGAGAAGCCGAUCCUGGACAAAUUCUUGCUGCACGUGCUGGAGCGCGCCUGGCACGCCGCCUGCGUGCGCUGCGCCGACUGCCGCGCGCCGCUCGCUGAUAAGUGUUACUCGAGAGACAACAAGCUCUUUUGUAGGAAUGAUUUCUUUAGGCGAUACGGUACAAAAUGCAGCGGCUGCGGUCACGGCAUCUCCCCAUCGGACCUCGUGAGGAAAGCGCGGGAGAAGGUUUUCCACCUCAACUGCUUCACCUGCCUGGUCUGCCGGAAGCAGCUGUCGACGGGCGAGGAGCUGUACGUGCUGGACGACAACAAGUUCAUCUGCAAGGAGGACUACCUAGCGGGGAAAGCGCCGACGCAGCAUCCCGACUCCCUCCUGGGCUCAGGGUCUGAUGAUGAGGAGGAGGAGGAGUCCCGCGCGGCAAACAACUCCACCAGCCCCGCGCACGCGCCGCACCCCGCGUUACACGCGGACCUUGCGCACAACGGGGAUGCGAAACCCCACGACGACUCCGAAGACCAGUUGUUUCUCUUCUGCACCCAGGGCUCGCUGGACGGGGACCCGGAGACCAGGGAUUCCCAAGCGGAGAACAAGUCCCCCGAUGACGGCAACGGGGGGUCAAAACGGAGGGGUCCAAGGACGACGAUAAAGGCGAAACAGCUCGAGAUACUGAAGUCCGCCUUCUCUCAGACCCCCAAGCCGACGAGACAUAUACGAGAGCAGCUGGCGAAAGAAACAGGACUUCCGAUGAGGGUUAUACAGGUCUGGUUUCAAAAUAAGCGUUCAAAAGAGCGUCGGCUGAAGCAGCUGACAUCUAUGGGUCGGGGGCCGUUUUUCGGGUCUUCCCGGAAGAUGCGGGGGUUCCCCAUGAACCUGUCCCCGGGGGGGCUGGAGGAGGGCCCGCCGGGGUUCCCCUACUUCGCGACGGCCGAUGGCAAGUUCGAGUUUGGCUAUGGCCCGCCGUUCCACCAUGAUGCGCCGUUCUUCCACCCGCCGCCGGCGAUGCCCUUCAACCAACCAGGUCGUUUCGCAGGCGGCAUGGAGACUCUGCAGGGCGGGGAAUUCCCGGAGCAGUUCCCGCCGCCGGAGCACCUGGUGCUCCCCCGGCCCAGCUCUCCGGAGUUUACCUUCGGCGACGCGCAGCCCCCCCUCCACCCCGAGGGGCUCGUGUGGUAGCUGAAGCCGGAGCCGCGGGACUACCACGACUGAUGCGGCUCGGCGGGCUACUAAGUGGACUGCGACAGUGACGUUUGUGACAGUGUUUGUUUUUAUUCACGAAAAUCAAGCGAAGGAGUUUCAGUGUUUUUUUUUUAUUUUCAAAAUUUCGGCAAAGAGUUUCAGUGGUUUUUUUAUUUGCGAAAUUAGAGCAAAAGAGUUUAUUGCUAAGGUUUUAUUUUGUAGGUUGCCAGUUUCAUCUAAAGAUUAUCACUGUUUUUGUCAAGUACCCGCAAAACAAACUAAUUCCGCAAGUUAUCACUUUAAUAUUACUUGAAAUUAUAAAUACUAUUUUGCUAAAAUUGUGUAACUCUGUACCGAAUUUGAUUACUUUUAUCUGUCACUAUAUUGUACACAAACUAUAAAUGCUACUGUAGGUCUAUAAUAUAUUCCAUAACUUAAUGCAUUUUUUAUUAAUAAUGUGAAUAAUGUACAGAAAUGGAAACUUAUAAUAUUGAUUUCUUAAGUUAAAAAUAUAUUUAUUUAAAAUAAGAUAUUUUGGUUCCUAUUUUAAGAUAGAGCUUAACAAUUUAUAGAUUUGUCUAUUUAUUAGUUUUUCGACUAGGUUGUAAUAUUUCGUAGUACUUAUACUGAUGUAAAUAUAAUAAUUUGUACAUACAAUGGGGUGUAUUACACAAAUUGUAGUAAGUUUUGACAUUGUUCAUUGCUUGUAAUUUGUAAUCUAAAAGACAUAGAAGAGAGCAGAUUUAGGGCCUGUUUUACUACUUCCUGAUAAGUGCCGAAUAGACUA